GAUUCCAAGGUGACCCUGUUCUAGAGAAUGUCCUCGGAAUCACGAGAUUCUCAGAAUCACGCAAACGACACCAAGCGAUCGGUUCUUUCGGUCGCGUAGAAUGCCGAGGCAGCAGAAAUCGACAACUGCCGGUGGUCCCUGUUUCUUCUUCCCACCGUGAGAACGCUCGACCUGGCCGCUUCGUCGUGCUCCUUUGGUCCCCCAGAGAUUGCUCACUGCGGUGGAUCCUGGGUAUAGGAGCAGUGCCUGCGCCUAUUUCUUCUGUUUCGGUGGAUGCACUCUUCUUCCCUGGCUUGUUAUUGUGUCCAUCUCCUCUAGUACCACACCCCGGGAGCACUCAUUCUGUCAACAUGACCGGGGGUGAUGCCAAGCCGGCCAAGGCCAUACCACUUUAUGGCACUUUCGCUGCGUCUGCAUUCAGCGCUUGUUGGGCCGAGACUUGUACAAUCCCUCUAGAUACGGCCAAAGUGAGGUUGCAGCUGCAAGGGAAAGCGCUAGCAGGUGAACUCAAUGCUGCACCCAAGUACAGGGGAAUGUUCGGGACCAUGGCCACCAUAGCAAGGGAAGAAGGGGCAGCCUCCCUUUGGAAGGGUAUUGUUCCAGGACUUCACCGGCAAUGCCUCUUCGGGGGUCUUCGAAUUGGUCUCUAUGAACCGGUUAAGAACGUUUACAUAGGAAAAGAUCACGUAGGAGAUGCUCCACUGAUUAAGAAGAUUGCUGCUGGUCUUACUACAGGUGCAUUGGCUAUUUGUGUGGCGAGUCCCACAGAUCUAGUGAAAGUGCGUCUUCAAUCCGAGGGCAAGCUCCCUCCUGGUGUUCCCCGCCGCUACAGCGGUGCCAUGAAUGCUUACUCGACCAUUGUCAAGCAGGAAGGAUUCACAAAAUUGUGGACUGGGCUUGGUCCAAAUGUCGCUCGUAACGCUAUCAUCAAUGCUGCGGAGUUGGCCAGUUAUGACCAAGUCAAGCAGACAUUGUUAAAGCUCCCUGGCUUUACAGACAACGUUGUUACGCACAUCCUCUCCGGAUUGGGAGCUGGCUUUAUUGCUGUUUGCGUUGGCUCUCCUGUUGAUGUGGUGAAGUCUAGAAUGAUGGGAGGAGGGCAGGGUGCUUACAAGGGCACAAUAGACUGCUUCGUCCAGACGUUUAAGAAUGACGGUGCUGGAGCUUUUUACAAGGGGUUCUGGCCCAAUUUUGGUCGACUUGGUUCCUGGAACGUUAUCAUGUUUUUGACUUUGGAGCAGACCAAGAAGGCUUUCUUCCCGAAGGACGAAUAGAACUGGGUCUCUGUUGUGAAACUUGGAUUCUUUGUCCAAAAAGGGUUAGGCGUAGGAUCGUUCUAGUGGUAUCAUCAUUCGACUGUCUUUAGGGUUCAGCAAGGAAAGUGAGGUAAUGAAGAGUCAAAUAUUCUCGGCUACUCCAAUUUUGUGGCAACAUUCCUAUAGAUGGUAUUGGUGGAGGUUUAUUUAAAAAAAUUGUUCGCAAUCGUCCAAGUCAUUAAUAAAACCAAUAAUUUUUUGAGGUCA